GCGGCCUCGCUGACGCUGACCAAGGAACACGAGUCUCCUCGUUUCCAAAAGGGUUCGACUUUCUCGCCUUCAACGAGUCAUCCGAUUCAUCCCACGUUUAUCUCAUCUCGCAUUGCCUACCCCAUUAUUCGCCACGUCACCCAACCUCUCUCUCUCUCUCUCUCUCUCUCUCACACACACACACACACACACACACACAGAUUCACUGCUUCUCUCUCCUCUCUCGCUCUCCCCCAGCUGCCUCCGCCAUGGACUCUCUCGAAACCUCCCUCUCCCGGGCCCGGAACAGGCCGUCGCCGUCCGACAGAUUCCUCGGCGUCUUCUCUCAAAGCCCUAGCUCCGCCCACUUCGCCGCCGGCGUCGGCGACGAGCUCGAUGAAGACGAAGUCUUCUGGACAGGAGAUUUCGCGGAGCCAUCCAACCACCACCCGAGCCCUCCGUCCACCUCCACCUUCCGAAGUCUCUUAUCCAAGGGAUUUGGACGGCCCGAAAGUUUCGGCAUCCUCGCCGCAUUGCCGGAAGAUGAGCCGCCCCGCACUCUGCACCCAGUGUUCCAUCAUAAGCCCUCUGUUUCGUCCUCGUCGUCGUCUUCCUCAACGUCUUCGAGGAUGAUUCCGGCGAUUCCGAGGCCUCCGCCGGACCGACAGUCCUCGACGUCGGGGAACUUAUAUCAGUCGGCGCCGGUGGACGUUCCGAUGUUGUCGAAGGUGGUUCGGAGAACCCGCGAAUUUGAUGAUAUUGAUGAUGAUGACGAAGAAGAGGAUGACGAGAUGUUGCCGCCGCACGAGAUUGUGGCGAGGAGUUCUGCGCGGUCGCCGAUGCUUGCGUGUUCGGUGCUCGAAGGCGUGGGCAGGACGUUAAAGGGAAGAGAUCUGCGUCAGGUUCGGAAUGCUGUAUGGAGAAGGACAGGUUUUAUUGAUUGAUGACUUUAAUUUGUUUUAUUUGAGAUUGUAAGUACUGAGUAUAUUGCUUUCGUUUUCAGCAUUUUUAGGAGUAAAUUCAGUACCUUCUUUAUUA